AUGCAGUUCUUAAGUUUUUUCGCUCUGAUGCCAUUGGCAUUUGGGUCGUCGAUUCGGCGACCUCAGCCGGAGCCCUUGACCAACAUUACGAUAUUCGAUCCCCCCUCAGACUACAACAUCCCUCGUACUCUGUACGCUCGCAAUGUAGAGUUGCCCAAUGGUGAUCUACUUGCUACUUGGGAGAACUACUCCCCCGAGCCCCCGCUGGUCUACUUUCCCAUCUACAAAUCCUCGGACAGCGGCAAGACCUGGCGUGAGUUCUCGCAGGUCCACGAUCAGGCCAAUGACUGGGGUCUGCGGUAUCAGCCUUUCCUGUACUAUCUUCCUGAGAGAAUUGGAGACUUUCCAGCUGGUACCUUGCUGCUUGCUGGGAAUAGCAUUCCGACAAAUCUUUCUUACACUCAAAUUGAUUUAUACGCCUCACAUGACCAAGGCUUGAACUGGGAAUACGUUAGCCGCGUGGCUUCUGGCGGGGAGGCGGAGCCUGAUAAUGGCUUGACACCGAUUUGGGAGCCGUUUUUGCUUGCUCAUGAGGGCAAAUUGAUUUGCUAUUACUCCGACCAGAGAGCCAACGCAACUCAUGGUCAGAAAUUGGUCCAUCAAGUUUCGACUGACCUGAAGCAUUGGGGCGCUGUGGUGGAUGACGCUGUAUACCCGACAUAUACCGAUCGCCCCGGUAUGACAACUGUAGCUCAGCUUCCUAAUGGCCUAUGGAUUAUGACCUAUGAGUAUGGCUCUUUCUUCAACACCUCCGACUACAGCUUUCCUGUGUAUUUCCGCUUGUCCAAGAACCCUGAGACGUUUGGCGAAGUAGAAGGUCAGCGUAUAGUGGUGAGCGAUGGUACUCAGCCCGCAAGCUCGCCUUAUGUAACCUGGACGCCUUACGGGGGACCUGAUGGAACAAUUAUCGUCAGCUGUGGGACUUUCAGCUCCGUCUUCGUCAAUCAGGCAUUGGGAGAUGGCGAGUGGACAGAGGUCCCCACGCCAGAGGGUACGAGUUAUACCCGAUCUCUUAGGAUCUUCGCGCAAGACCCUCAAUUUUUGUUGAUUAAUGGGGCUGGUGUCCUCAGUGGAGAAGACAAUGGUGUUACUGUGAGCGUGAUGGACUUGGGAAAAGCGCUUCCGCGGGACAAGAAGCCGUAG